AUGAAUAAGGAAUUAGCCCUUCAAGAAGCUGCUUCAACCGGGUUGAAAAUAAUGGAGCAUUUGAUCAAGUUGACAACUAAUGAAUCGGUGGUUCAGGUGGAUUAUCAUGAGAUAACUGAUUUUGCUGUUGCAAAGUUGAAGAAGGCUAACGCUAUGGUGGGACGGACUGGUCAUGCUAGGUUCCGUCGUGGUCCUGUUCAGGUUCAGGCUCAAAAUAAGGCUGAAUCUCAGGCUCAGGUUCAGAAUUCACUUACUUCGUUAUCUCUUUCUCCGUAUGGUUAUAUGGAGAAAGAGAGAGUACUGGCAUCAAUGACGCUGUCUGUAGUGGCGUCAGUAGCGGCGCCGGUGCAGACAGAGUUAACACUUGGCUUCAAGAUGCCAAUUGUUAAUGAUGAUGUUGGUGGUGCUGGUGUUGGUAAUAUGAAAUGGAAAGAUGAUUUUGGUGGCAUGAAGAAUUGGAUAAACUCUUCUUCCUUCCUUUCGUUUAUUACAGGCGAAGGGAGUGAAAGUAUCGUGAAUGUUGUUCCUCCUCCUUCUUCUUCCAUGCUAUUGCUUCCAAUCGCACAGGUUGUUUCUGCAGAAAAACAGUCAUCUGCCACUGGAAAAAGAUGUCGUGAGCAAGAACAAUCUGGUGAUGGUUCUGGCAAAAAAAGGAAAGUUUUUCCUAGGAAAGUAAUAAGAACUUCAGUGAUAAGUUCAAAAAUUACUGAUAUACCAGCAGAUGAGUGUUCAUGGAGGAAGUAUGAUCAGAAGCUGAUUAAGGGUUCACCACACCCACGGGUCUAUUAUAAGUGUACCAGUUUUCCUGGAUGCCCAGCAAAGAAGCAUGUGGAGAGGGUUAUGGAGGAUCCUAUGAUGUUAAUUGUGACCUAUGAAGAGGAACAUCAUCAUACGCAAGUCGCGAUACAAGAGUACAAUUCUCAAAUGAUGGCUUUUGGGUUAGCAGGAGAAAAGUAG